GUGGCAGCUGAAGAAAAAAGAAUAAAAAGGGUGGAUAAUGAUCAUGACAGUUGAGAGGGAGAGAAAGGACAGGCAGAUGGGGGAGGUCUGAUUCCAGAGCCAUAGUAACAGAGCAGAGAGGAGAAGAGAGGAGAGGAGAGGGAGAAGGAGAAAGAGAAGGAAGACUUCUUCUGAGCACCACCAAACCAGGGACUCAAGUGCAAUUACUAACCAAGUGAGCAAGAGAGCGCACGCAAGAAGAGAGAGGGGGGAGAGCGGGAACCAUAAAGGAACGCACAGUGACAGAGGAAAAGAGAGAGAGAGAGAGAGAGAGAGAGAGAGAGAGACACACACACAGUGGGGGGAAACAAAACACUGUGGUGAGUGUGGUACAAAGUGACAGCAGGGUUUAGGGGAAGCGGAGAAAAUUCCAGGAGGACACAACAGGCAAAGAAAAUGGAAGUAAGGAAAAGCACAUCAGAAGCUGGUCUUCAGCAACCACCACUGGACAAGAACACUUGAGGAGAGGAACCCAUCGCCUGGUAGUGUAGCAAAGGAGGAAGAGGAGAGGAGAGGAGAGGAGAGCCAUGGGUGCCCAGUGAAGCUGCCGAGGGGGGUCUUUCUCUCUCACACACCCGCUGCCUGCUGCUCAGGUCAGGGAAAAGAUCUCGGCGUCCCGGGGGGCUGGUCACUGAGCCCCAGAGGACAGAGGAGGGUCUACCACCCAACAUCAGCAGCACCUGUGAGACGCGUCCGGCUGAAAACUGGCCAUGGGGGAGUGGACCAUCCUGGAGCGCCUCCUAGAGGCCGCUGUCCAGCAGCACUCGACUAUGAUUGGGAGGAUCCUGCUGACAGUGGUGGUGAUCUUCCGCAUCCUAAUCGUGGCCAUCGUGGGGGAGACGGUGUACGAGGAUGAGCAGACCAUGUUCAUCUGCAACACCAUGCAGCCCGGCUGCAACCAGGCCUGCUACGACAAGGCCUUCCCCAUCUCGCACAUCCGCUACUGGGUCUUCCAGAUCAUCCUGGUGUGCACCCCCAGCCUGUGCUUCAUCACCUACUCCGUGCACCAGUCGGCCAAGCAGCGCGAGCGCCGCUACUCCUUCCUCUACCCCAUGCUGGAGCGGGACUACGGACGGGAGGGGGCUCGCCGCCUGCGCAACAUCAACGGCAUCCUGGUGCAGCACCCGGACGGGGGAGGGGGGGGGAAGGAGGAGCCCGACUGCCUGGAGGUGAAGGAGAUCCCCAACGCGCCGCGCGGCCUCACGCACAGCAAGAGCUCCAAGGUGCGGCGACAGGAGGGCAUCUCGCGCUUCUACAUCAUCCAGGUGGUGUUCCGCAACGCACUGGAGAUCGGCUUCCUGGCCGGGCAGUACUUCCUGUACGGUUUCAGCGUGCCGGGCAUCUUCGAGUGCGACCGCUACCCCUGCCUGAAGGAGGUGGAGUGCUACGUGUCGCGGCCCACUGAGAAGACGGUCUUCCUGGUGUUCAUGUUCGCCGUGAGCGGCAUCUGCGUAGUGCUCAACCUGGCUGAGCUCAACCACCUGGGCUGGCGCAAGAUCAAGGCGGCCAUCAGGGGCGUGCAGGCGCGCCGCAAGUCCAUCUGCGAGAUCCGCAAGAAGGACAUGUCCCACCUCUCCCAGCCGCCCAACAUGGGCAGGACUCAGUCCAGCGAGUCGGCCUAUGUCUGAGCGCCCCUGCCCGGGCCUUCCUCAGGAGGGAAGCAGGCGGUCAGGGGCAAUGGACACAGCGGGAUGAAUGGGUGGACGGGUGAAUGCAACAACGGAAUGUAAAAUGAGGCGGGGAUGGAGGAGACCCACUGGAGCCUUGGCUAAGAUUGUCUGUGUGACAGAGGGGGGGUAGAUGGAAGGGCAGUGAGCUGUGAAACACCUUAUUCCCUAAGAUGGUGCGACUGGCACCGGCUGGCUCAGCCAGGAGAAGGUGUCGACUGAAUUCAUCAUUCAAAGUGUGCGAGACUGAGGCCAUGACAGCUGAAGCCAUUUCAGCAUUCCCCCAUUUCCAGCGUGGGAGAGAACGAUGGAUAAACACGUUAGAGAGAGGUAGAAAGAGAGAUGGAGAGCGAUUGAGAGAGAGGGAAGGAGAAGGAGGUGAGAGAGGGCUAUUUUAUUUCCUCCCCAGGGAUCGAGGCUCUGGAUAGCCUCAGGGUCCUGGACAGGAAGGACAGGAGGAUGGGAGAGCGGAAAGGCUGUCUGUAGGAAGCUGAUAGACGUCCGCUUCACAAAGCUGCUCGACAGGAACAACAGCUAACGCCACGACCUCCUCUUCCCCUCUCUCUUUUUCAUUCACCCUCUCUUUCGACCCCUCCUCUUUCAUCCAGAGAGAGAGAGAGAGAGGGGAGGAGGUUGGGGGAGGGGCACAGGAGAAUGGACAGGACAGGACACUGUCCAAGUCCAGUGUUGCUGUUAUGGUGCUUGUGCCAGAAGAAAAAUACUGUUUGGGUUAUGUCUCCUGGCAAUGACUUGUAUUAUCACAAACAAGAGAAGGAGAUAUAAACACCCUUAACAGACUCUUCUCCUCUGGCAUCUAUUCCACUCACCACCUGUUGGACAACACCACGGGCAAACAAAGUCCUCUUGCUUUCAUUCUUUCUUUCUUUUUUGAACCCAACAUUUCUUUCUUAAGACUCUGAACAGAAACCUUGAAAUGGCACAAAAAACUUUACCUCAGCACACGUCAAGCUUCUCUCGUGCAGUCCAGCUGUCUGUCUAACUGUGCAUUCCUUCCUCUUGUACUGCGAAUGAAUAUGUUUGUGUAACUGUGGGUUUGUGUGUGUGUGUGUGUGUGUAUGUAUGCGUGCGUGUGUGUGUGGAGUGAGUUUUUGGAUGUGUCUGUGUCAGAGAGCCAUUUCCAACAAUACAACAGAGGUUAUAAAAAGUUUUAUUGAGCACUAAUUUAUUUAUUUUUUUCCGUUACUCUUGUGUGACUGUGCCAUCCUUUGACAUGACCACAUUUUUGAGAACUGCUGUAUAUCAUUUCACAUUUAGAUACAAGAACAUUCAUUUACCUGUUAAGACUUAAAGUAAAAUAUCAAGGUAUGAUUGUGGACAAAUGGAUUUUCAUUUUUUUUUAUUAUUAAUUGCUCUUUUGUUUUCAAAGCUCUGUUUCUAAACCAUUUGUUUUUUUGAGAAACAUGUUUGCUUUUUGUUUUUUAAGAAAUACUAGGGUAUUUGAAAAAAGCAUGUUUUUUAAGAUAACACUACUUGUUAAAAUGGAAACCUAUUUGUCAAGGAUAAUUGCUCAGAAGGGGGAUUGACCCUGUUUUUUUUCUUGAACCCCACCCCCCCCCCCAAAAACUUCCGGUUUGCAUUUCCGUGUGUUGAUCCGCAUGCCUUUAAACGAAAAAGAAAACAACGCAAUGUGAAAGGUAAAUGUAUGUUGCACCUUCAUUUGUGUGGAGAUGUGUGGGGAGGAGCCUGCAGAAGCAACCCUUGGCAGGAAAGGCUUAGUGACACCAGCAAUAAACACCUCCACUAGCGUGCAGCUUUUAAGGUAAAUAUUUAGGGGGCCUUUUCUGCAAUAAAUAUGGGAAGUGACUCCCACAUCUGUGCUCUGGAAAGGGGACACUUGUGGAACACUUCCUUCUGACCAGAGCAGAGUAGUGGCCAUUUGUGAUGAAGGGGGUGAGGCCUGUGUGUACUCCUGAGAGGUUGGGUGCGUGUGUUGUGCAGUACUGUAGUGACCGCUUCUCACUGAAAGCUACAGGGUAGACCACAGUAUGUGGAGCUGCUAUUAACUAGAGAACAAUGAAGCUAUCGCA